UGUUUGUUUACAAUUUACAUCCAAAUCCAAAUAAUUUCAAGUAGCUUAGCUCCUUAUCACUUAUCAGUAUUGGUUCAGUUCGGUGCAGUCAUCCAGUCGACAAUUCGCGAAUUCGCCAUUCGGCAUUCAUUCAGUCUUGUCACACAUUACCAAUACCCCCUAGAUUGACCACAUUACCCACUCAUUAUGGCUAUCUGACCCACAUUUUUUAAGUAUUGAUUUUAUCGACCAGUCAGAUUCCCAACUGAAACCUUUUUCUGCACCUGUAAUCAAAUUAAGUUUCGGUUAGUGCCUGUUCAUCGUUCCAAUGAAUAGUGUCACCAAGUCAUGGAUAAGCACUUAGUACAUAAUCAUUGAAGCUACCCAGUCGACAAGCGGGCCUCCAGUUAAUCUAUUGAAAUUGAAGCAAGAUGACUUGUGAACUGGUUGGAAACCUACUACUUCUGUCGGAAAAAGCAGGGCGUAUCGCCAGAGCCUGUCGUCAAAAUCCCCACCUGCUGUCCCUCUUGGUUCAAGAAAAAUCAGAGGCCGAAAAAAAUCCUCGAUUCGUUCAAGAUUUCAAAACACUUGCUGAUGUCCUUGUGCAGGAGGUCGUUCGUCACGAGGUUGGUGAAAAGUUUCCUGACCUGAAAGACUUCAUUUACGGAGAAGAAAACAACAAAUUCAGCAAUGCAGCAGGAGAUUCCAUCGUCGUCUCUGUGGCAGAGAAAGAAACUGACACAGCUUCUCUCCUGAGUAAAGUCCUCGCUGGCAAUGCAGAAGCUGCCAAUCUUUUGGCAGCAGAAAUCCACUCCACUAUUCACUCAUCCGACGUCAGUGUGGACCACUGGCCAAAUUACGAACUAGAAGUUCCUUUAUCGAGGCUCGGGAUAUGGAUUGAUCCAAUCGACUCAACAGCAGAGUAUAUCAGUGGUGGUUGGAGUGAAAGUCUACCGCACUCAAGCGGACUAGCAUGCGUCACAAUCUUAAUCGGAAUCUUUGACAGAGAAUCAGGAACACCGAUUGCCGGUGUUAUCAACCAGCCAUUCCACAGUCUUCUGUCAGAUAAAUUAUGGAAUGGCCGAGCUUUCUGGGGCUUAUCUUACAAUGGGCAAAACAUAUGUUCUGUACCAAAACCCAAAAGCAGUACGGACUCGAUGAUCAUUGCUGUAAGUGGAAGCGAGAAAAAGGAAAUCAAGUCUAAACUAGCUGCAGCAGGAUUUUCUUUGAUCGAGCCUGCUGGCGCUGGCUACAAGCUUUUGUGUGUAAUAACCGGUGAUGUCAGUGGUUAUGUUCUCAGUAAGGGCUCCACGUAUUUCUGGGACACAUGUGGCUGUCAUGCUGUGCUAAAAUCUCUGAACGGAUCUGUGAUCAAAUUCAGCGAUGCAGUUGCAGCUGGGAAUGCUGUAGAGCUGCUUUACCAAGAGAAGUCAGAUGCUCCAGGUAUCGAAGUUUAUAGUAAUAGUGCUGGGAUCAUUGCAUUUAGAGAGAAACGUACAUUUGAUAAGAUAAUCGGUGCUUUGAAAUAAUAUUCCAUUUUAGUAAAGGUCCAUCUCUUUUCAAGCUUAAUUGAAAAAUUCAGACGAGGAUAGAGCGAGUUCACAAGAAAAUAGAGUUCGUUUUUGUGUUAAACACGAUGAUCGGUCCUUGUGUUUUGAUGUGCUGCCUGCAGUUUGGAAGAGGUCUGGCUUUGCCUGAUGGAAGGGUCGUUUCGAGUCCUAAGGCAAUGUUUUUGUGGAAUACAUCAGAAUGAUGAAUGAGAAGGCUUUAAUAAGACACCAGGUUCUGUCAAGUAAGUUGUUUUUGUAGAGAGACGUAGCCCUUCCGAAAAAUAGAUCAAUAACAGGUAAAAGAAGCUUAUUCAACCAUGAAAACCGUCUUGAUUGGUUCAGAAGACACAUGUUUUUUACUCGAUAGAUUCUAGUCUCUUAGGGCUGUUAAAUGGCUUUGAAAACUAACUGCAUACCCUUUUGCUUACAUCUGAUUUUCGAAUCCUUUAAAGUAUAAUCUUAGAAGGUGAAGAAGUAUUUAAAAGACCUUGAUUUUGUGCUAAAAUCGUAGGCAUUGCAACGUUCACAAUGCAACUGAUUGAAUGUUCUUCUUUCAUAAUCAGCUGCGUAGGAAAAUCUGCUCUUAAAUGUGAUCAGCCAUGGCCCUUAGGAUUGUCUAAACAUAAAGGCCGCUCUGAGGGGUAUCCUUCAUAAACAUAAUCACUGUAUUUAUUCUAAUUAUGCAUUUCAUGUUCUGAAAUUUCAGGACUUACGAUGUGAUAUACCUGUAGUUAAGAGCCAAAGAAACGCAACUACCAAUUUUACUAACAAUUUUAAUUUUCUUCAGCUAUCAGCAAAUCUUCGGCAAAGCUCUCCUCUACUUAAGAGUGGCUCGGUUGAGGAGAGUUCAGUGUGGGCAAAGAAAUCAGGCCUAACGACAGAACGCCACCGGUUUUGCUCUUCCUCAACCGAGACACUCGUAAGUAAAGCAGAGCUUUACCAAAAACUUUGUGAUAACUGGAAAAAAUUACAAUUGUUGGUAAAACGAUGUACAGCUAUAAAAUAAUUUACUCUUGGCUGGAAACUAUCAAUUUUUGAUGAAUCGAGUAAUUUGCAUUUUUGACACACUCGGUAGUUGUAAUUUUUUUUAAGACCUAAUAAGUUCUUCAAGAGUGAAGGGCUAUGGAAUUUUUUUUAGCAUUUGGUGACUGGCAAGAAAGCUCUCAAAAUGGUUAUUAAUUUUCAAUACCUCCUUGUGUCUCCACUGCGACUCAGUGAAAAUAUUCCAUUAGUCAAGAAAAUAUGUUGGAAGUCAAGAUAAGGUUUGUGUUUCCUCUGACUCCACACAAUUGGCACACCAGUCAGGGAAAAAAGAAGAAAAAGUCAGGCUAAGGUUUGAAAUUUCAUUCUUCAAAAUUCUGUAUACACCCUGACUGAAGACCCAUCCCCCUCAUGUAAUGAUUCACUCAUUGUUUUUAUUAUACGUGCAUAUUUGUUAUAAAACUUGCGUCCAUUUCUAGACUAUUGUCAAUCUCCAUAAAGUUAUUUUAUUUAAUUAGAUGUUUAUUAAUUGGAUCACA